GGAGUGUUGGUCGUUUCUUGUUAGGCUAGUCGGAUUAUUCUGAAUUGGUGAUGGUGCAGACAUACCAGUCACCCGUAAGGGUGUAUAAAUACCCUUUCGAACUUGUCAUGGCGGCAUAUGAGAAGCGAUUUCCCACUUGUAAAAUGAUUCCAGUAUUCCUCGGCUGUGAGAUCAUUUCUGAGCACAAGACAGAGGAUGGAGCUGAACAUGUGGUGGAACGCAGGUGUAAACUCAACGUGGAUGCCCCCUAUAUUCUGAAAAAGAUCAUGGGAGUUGACCAUGUGUAUUUUAUUCAGAAGAAUGCCCUAGACAGUCGCAACCGUGUCCUCAAAAUAGAUGCUCGUAAUGAGAGUUUCUCCUCAAGGAUCAUAAUCAACGAACAUUGUCAAUAUUCUGUACACACCGAGAACCCAGACUGGACUUGUUUUGAACAGAGUGCAAGCUUAGACAUCAAACAUUUCUUCAAUUUUGAAAGUAUGGUUGAGAAGAUAGCAAUGAAACAGUAUGCUGCCAAUAUAAAGAAGGGAAAGGAGGUGAUUGAGUACUACAUUAAUGAGAUCCUGAGUUCUGGUGUACCCUACACACCUCGAUGGCAGCCCCCAGAGACUGCAGCCAUUGACAUCAAGACAGAUGACACUCCAUCCCAGGACAGUGGCUUGAGGAGCCGCUCAAACAGUGCCCACAGUCACAGCAGCCAGUCCAGUCUGGUAUUGGGGGCUACUGCAGCCACGAUCUGUACAAACAAACCUUCUACUGACCUAGAAGGUUUGUCUCCCCCGGACAAGACUGGGAAGCUGGAAGAUGUAUAUAUUGAGCGUUUUCUUGGCUCCCUUACCCCAGUACAAGAAAGUAGACUUGUACAGCUACGACAAUGGCUCCAGGAAACUCAUAAAGGAAAGAUACCAAGAGAUGCUCACAUUCUACGUUUUCUACGAGCACGUGAAUUCAUUGUGGAUAAGUCACGUGACAUGCUGGUACACUCUCUGGCUUGGAGGAAACUGCACAAUAUUGACCAUCUCCUAGAGACGUACCAACCAGGUGACAUCAUGAACCAGUACUACAGUGGAGGCUGGCACUACAACGACAAAGAUGGACGACCAUUGUAUGUCCUCAAACUUGGACAAAUGGAUGUGAAAGGUUUAAUGAAAUCUGUCGGGGAGGAAGUACUCCUAAAACAUGUUUUGUAUGUUAAUGAAGAAGGAUUACGGAGAGCAGGAGAUGCUACACGACUGCGUGGAUUCCCUGUGAGUGCCUGUACCUGUAUUGUGGACCUUGACGGGCUGAGCAUGCGACACUUGUGGAGGCCAGGUAUACGGGCCUUACUCAGGAUCAUAGAGAUGGUGGAGGCUAACUACCCAGAGACAAUGGGGCGCCUACUCAUUGUCCGCGCUCCCCGAGUUUUCCCUGUUCUCUGGACACUUGUAAGCCCCUUCAUUGAUGAGGACACCAGACAGAAGUUCAUGAUCUAUGGAGGCAAUGACUACCAAGGACCUGGAGGGCUCAUUGAGUUCAUAGACAAGAAAUAUAUACCUGACUUCCUGGGUGGAGAUUGUUUUUGUGAUGUACCUGAAGGAGGGUUGGUGCCAAAAUCCCUUUAUAAGGAGGAGUUUACAGAAAAGGCCCCUGAGGGCCCACCCCUCAGUCCUGAUAGUUUAUACCAGACCUGUCACAUAGUCAAAGAUUUCCCCCAUGAGGUGAUGAUAUCCAUUCCACAGAAGGGGUCUGUUAUUACCUGGGACUUUGACAUUCUGAAGGGUGAUGUGACUUUCACCGUGUUACGAUGUAAACAUGAGGUGUCAGGAGACCCCUUGCAUCAACACCACAUCAGCGGGGCUGUUGGUGGUAUAGGCUCCACACAAUACGUCGACAAAACCAUGCAAGUGGGCAUGGACCUAAGUAUCGUAGAACCACCUCAUAUAUGUCGGGAUGGAGAUAGUGUUCAAGGAUCUCAUGUGACCAGUCAGACAGGAAGUUACAUACUUCAGUGGAAGUACUUUGAUGCAGGGAAAGCUGUGUUUGACUUUCCUCUGGCCACACACAAAUCUAAGGUCAUGUAUUACACAGAGAUACUGGAGUCUGCAGCCUUCAGGGGAUCAAUGACAAGCUUGCAGUCCAGCCAUAGUGCAUUCUCAUCCCUCAGUAUCGGCACAUCACAGAGCAGUCUCUCCACAGUCCCACCUGACGGCAUCCACAGGCUAAAAAGGUGACAGAAGCUUGAAGAUUUUGAUGGAGAGUAAACAUUUCCCAGGUGUACUGGAGCUCUGUUGAGAGUAAACAUUUCCCAGGUGUACUGGAGCUCUGUUGAGAGUAAACAUUUCCCAGGUGUACUGGAGCUCUGUUGAGAGUAAGGGCAUAUUGUGGAGAAAGCUGUCUCUGAAGUCACUUUCUAGAGUUGGGUCUCACUAAACCUACCUCGUCACAUGACCAGCUGGCCAGCAGCGACACUCUGACAGUCAUACAUGUCAGUGGUCAUCUAGAGACUGAUGGACACACCAUAUCAUACCACCUUAUCACAGCAUCCAGUCGAAUGCAUUGUUUUCUGCUGUGUACAUUGCCAUAGUCAGUAUUGACAAGCAUUUUCUUUCCGUAAUUAGUUAGGUAUUAGAUAAAUAAACAUUGAUUACUCCAGUCCACUCCAUGCCUAGUUAGGCAAAUAAAGAACACUAUAUACUCCAUACCUAGUUAGGUAAAUUAUACUACCAUCCAUACCUAGUUAGGUAAAUUACACUACCCUCCAUACCUAGUUAGGUAAAUAACACAUUGUAUAUACUCCAUACCUAGUUAGGUAAAUUACACUACCAUCCAUACCUAGUUAGGUAAAUUACACUACCUUCCAUACCUAGUUAGGUAAAUAACACUACCAUCCAUACCUAGUUAGGUAAAUAACACUACAUUGUAUAUACUCCAUACCUAGUUAGGUAAAUUACACUACAUUGUAUAUACUCCAUACCUAGUUAGGUAAAUUACACUACAUUGUAUAUACUCCAUACCUAGUUAGGUAAAUUACACUACAUUGUAUAUACUCCAUACCUAGUUAGGUAAAUUACACUACAUUGUAUAUACUCCAUACCUAGUUAGGUAAAUUACACUACCCUCCAUACCUAGUUAGGUAAAUUACACUACCCUCCAUACCUAGUUGGAUAAACACGUAACACUAACAUCUAUCUCUAGAAUACAAUUUCUGUCUGGUACUGUGCGGCAGACUUGACCCGUUGUACAAAGGAGUGAUCAUGGCCCAGUAUUUAGGGUCUGGGUAUUUUGUAUGAGACGCAGAAGCUGAGACAUCUGGCUGGUACUUGUUGGAUAUAGCAAGUUAUUGAGUUAUCUCCCAUUGCCCAUGUGAUAAUAUGUGUAUCUGUGAUAUGUCGCCCGACUACGAUUUGGUGUAGGUUGUUUCUGUUUCAGAGGAUAUUUUUAUACAUUUCCCCUUAUGAUGCCUUCCUGUGGUACUUUUAUGACUUCUUUAUCUGAUGAUAAACACUAGGUAUGGGAAACAGUUAUACAGCCCAAUUAUUUACACAUUUCAAACAAUCUAAAAAAUAUAUUUUGUUUCUCACUUGUUAAUUUCUCUUUUUAAAUGUUUUGAUAUUUAAUGAAAUUAAUGAAUGACAAAGAGUAUUUAGUUGUACUGAUGGUACUAAUACAAAAUUAAUCAUGGGAGACUUACCAUGUACUGGUCAUGACAUCAAUCAUGCCAGUCAGGUUUAGAUAUUAAAGAAUCCAUAUAUUGUGGGAUUUAGAUUUUUAUUUAUCUAAAUUUUAUAUAUUCAAGUUAUUUUAGUUGUAAUUUGUCUUAGAACACCAUGCUAUAUAGUGUUGAUAGCGUGUAAUUAUCCUGUGACCUUUUAGUCAUGACAUGAAGUGAGAAACUCAGGAAUCUUACUUAUUGGUAAUAGUUAAGUAAUAGUCUUUUCAAGAAUUUUUAUGAUAUGAAAUUUAAAUCUUCAUAUCAAGAUAACUAAGAAAUGAAAUGGAAACGAGGAUUUGUAUUUGGCUGUGGUGUUAGAUGUACAAAUUUAGACAUGGAUUUACAAACAUCAUCUUAACACCUCUGAUAUAUCUGUGUCACCAGUUGUUCUAGUCAUAUUGUCAGUGUUACAAACUCUCAGCAGAAUGUUUUAUCACUAUAUAAACAUAUUUUGACUUGAGUUCUGAUUAAUGAAUGUGAUUUUUAGAAGAUUUGUCAUCUUUGUGUAUAUCUACAUGACCAAGCCUCAUUGUGUGCAAGACCACACUUUUAGAAAAGUUCUUCCCAUACAAUUAAUAUUGUUUUAGAUUACUCAUUAAGAUUCUGUUAGAAAAUUGUGAGAGUGUUGGUAGCAGGGUAGCGAUCUAAUUAUUGAGUAAGGAGAUUGUGAGAGUGUUGGUAGCAGGUUAGCAAUCUAAUUAUUGAGUAAGGAGAUUGUGAGAGUGUUGGUAGCAGGGUAGCGAUCUAAUUAUUGAGUAAGGAGAUUGUGAGAGUGUUGGUAGCAGGGUAGCGAUCUGAUUAUUGAGUAAGGAGAUUGUGAGAGUGUUGGUAGCAGGUUAGCAAUCUAAUUAUUGAGUAAGGAGAUUGUGAGAGUGUUGGUAGCAGGGUAGCGAUCUAAUUAUUGAGUAAGGAGAUUGUGAGAGUGUUGGUAGCAGGUUAGCAAUCUAAUUAUUGAGUAAGGAGAUUGUGAGAGUGUUGGUAGCAGGGUAGCGAUCUAAUUAUUGAGUAAGGAGAUUGUGAGAGUGUUGGUAGCAGGGUAGCGAUCUAAUUAUUGAGUAAGGAGAUUGUGAGAGUGUUGGUAGCAGGGUAGCGAUCUGAUUAUUGAGUAAGGAGAUUGUGUGAGUGUUGGUAGCAGGGUAGCGAUCUGAUUAUUGAGUAAGGAGAUUGUGUGAGUGUUGGUAGCAGGGUAGCGAUCUGAUUAUUGAGUAAGGAGAUUGUGAGAGUGUUGGUAGCAGGGUAGCGAUCUGAAUACAUUUUUAAACCACGGUGUUGAUCAUGUUUUAUCAUUCAUGUUUAUAAGGAUAUUCGUUUCUAGACAAUUUGAUAAACAUUUUGUUAUAUCAUUUUUGUAUAAUUUAUUCAUAUGUUUUUGACUUAUCUGAGAUCACUGAAUACAAUUGUUUUUGUAAUUUUGAGUAUGUAGAAAGGAGAGAAACUAAAUGUUAUUGUAUUUUAUGGCUAACAAAUUGACAUACUGCAGUAUACUGUGAGUUGUGAUUUAAAUGGCUGUUCUUCAUCAAACCAUCAGCACUAUUAAUUUUUUAUAGAAAAUCUAUAAUAAUAAAUUAAUUGUAUUUGAUUAAUGAAAAUGCCUUUGUCGACAAAUAUUGAAGGUCAGUAAUUGUUCUUCCACUUUGUUACUGAAGAAUCUGCCAAAACAUUUUUGCAGUGAUGUGUUUUUCCUUACCGGGGUAUUUUCACGUUAUGAAUUUGCAUUACAUUGAGAAUAAGUUUUACUUUAAUUAUGAAAUGGCACUAAAAAUUUGAAGAGUUAACAUUGCCAGACUUUGGAUGGUAUAUGUUUACCUUAUAUUAACAUGGAUGGUAUAUGUUUACCUUGUAAUACCAUACUUUUUAAGUGGUCUCCACUCCUUCAUUACAGAUUUCCUUAAGUGUAAGAAGUCAAGUUAUUAUCAGAGCAGAUAUGUUUAGUUAUUUUUACAGCUUGAUAUGGUGGGUGCACCUUCAGUUUUAUUAGAGGCAGGUACUUAGAUUGACUUAGGUAACGGUAAUUGAUAUCAAAGCUUAGUCAUUAUAUAAGCUAAACUAACUGGUAUCAAAACUGAGGUAGCUACGAUAUUAAAUGUGAAUUAGGUAGCUGAGAUGAAAACAUAUCGUCUACAAUGUAUACUUUUUUAAGAGUGCUCGGUUUUCCCAAGUGCUACACCUAGUGCUGAGAACUGUUGUUCUGUUGUUGUUUAAUAAGUAUUGGUAGCUGAAACACUGAUGUUUUUAUGGGUAAGGGCUACUCCAGUGUUUUGCCCAUGUUAUAUUGUGAUUGGUAAUCAAUCUGAUGGAAACAAACCAUAAGUAAAUUGGAUGUAAAAAUCUGUAAUAAAUUAAUGUGAAUUUCCUUGGGAUCAGAUCAACUUUGCAGCUAUUGAACACUGGUAAAAUUAACAGUCAAGUUUAUGCACAAGAUAAUUAAAUAUAUGAUGAACGUGCAAUAUCGAAUGAGAACUAUGCAACAUCCCAUUACAAUGUUGUGUGAAAAUUUUAAUAUUUGACAUUUGAUUACCCAAUUAAUUAGUGAUUCGUGGUUAAGUAAUUCCAAAACUGAAGUACUGCCAAGCACAAUUUUGUUGGAAUAAUGUGUAUAUUUGACUUCUGUGCCAAAUGACGAUGCUGUGGACUGAUGCAUGACUACUUAAGGGGCUGCUGUACCUUCAUUAUAAGGUGUCUAUUUGAACUUAAUACCAUGAUCUGAUCUUAUUUAAAUCGUUUAUAUUUUGCCAAAAUAGGUACAAUAUAAAUUUAUUGAGAACUCUUUUCAAUCUGAUCUUGGUUUGAACUUGAUGUACCUUUUAUGGGCCCCACACAGAAAAAAGUGUGAGGAUAUAAUGUCUCUUGGAUGUACACGGUGUAGUACUUAAUAUACUGCAGAAUCUUUUAAUUCCUCACACCCUUCAUAUUUAUAUGAUAGUUGGGUAUGUAAUUUUAACACUGUUAACCAUCCAGCUGUAGCAACUGUUUCAUGCAUGUAGAGUUAAACUUGUAAUGAUGUGAAGCGUCACUUGUUACCAUCAUCUUUUUCAUUUAAAAAAAACCCUAAAGAAUACCUGAAAGGCACCAUUAUCACAAAUAUUUUGCGUUUUUAGCCCACCAUCUUGAUGAUGGUGGACUAUUCAAAUCGCCCUGUGUUUGUGUUCCAUGCACCGUUGUACAUCCAUAAACAAUCCUUGUUAUCGCCAUUUCUUGAGGAAUACAUGUACUUAAAACUUCACACAUAGGUUUCAACCUUGGUUCCUAGUGGUGUCCAUUCAAUUUUGUGUCUAAUCGCAAAACAAAAUGGCUGACAAGUGGCCAUCUUAGAUUCUUCACAUGAAGUUUGUUAUCACUAUUUCUUGACGUCCAGGAGGAUAUUUGUGGAUAUUUCUCAAAGCGUAGGUUACCCAUGGUUCCUAGUUGGGCCCAUUCAGUUUUGAAUUUGUGCAUGAUCAAAAAGGACACUGGUCUGAUUGAGAACACGAUAUGGGAAACAGGUGACCAUUUUGAAUGUUUCCUGCCAAAGUUUGUUCUUUUAGCUUUAUCAAAUUUCAAAGUGUAGGUUUCUCUUCUAAAGUUGAAGUUUGUUAUUUUUAUUUCUUUGAGAGUUCUUGGUUGAUCUGUCUCGUAUUUCAUUGGUAGGUUUUCCUUUAUUUUGAUUAAGAGGAGAGGAGGAAUAUGAGAAAACAGGAGAAAAUUUCAGUUUUACAUGCAUUCAAUUAAGAUCAAUGGUGGGUACCAAGAUCCUUCUAGGAUUUCUUGCUUAUUGAGAAUAUUGUUAUGUAUAUAUCAGGUGUAGAAAAA